CUACAAAUACUCCAGAAUAAAAACUAAAAUUAAUUAAAUAAAUUAAGAAAAUGGGGGAAAUUUUAAAUUAUAUUCAAGCGACCUCAGCCGUAAAUCCUAGCUUUUGGAGCAAGUUAUCUGAGUUGAAACUCAAUGUGGACAAACUGGAGGACACAAGUAGAAAUAUAUGGGGAUACUUUACUAAUUUAAAUAAAGAUUGUUUGAAUCCCAUACUGGAAGUAGAUAGUACCUCAUUCAACGAAGAUUUCAACGAUCAAAAGAUUUAUAUACCUUUUUCAGGAAAAAUAUACAACAAAAACACAAUUGAGGAAUUCAAAGGGUGCGACAAAACCAACUUGAUUAAUAACGAAGGGGAAUGUUUGUUGGAAAGUAUUAAAAGUGGGGAUGUUUUAGAAAAUCCUUCGUUGUUAAACACCUUUUUAAUUUUAUCCUUUGCAGAUCUGAAGAAAUAUCACUAUUAUUAUUGGUUCUCAUUCCCAGUGUUAAAAGAGUUAACAAUAAAAAAAGAAAGUGUUAAACCCUUAACUGAGGAUUUAUCAGAUGAUUUGAUUACUCAAUUAAAUGAAGUGUUCGUUUCCCUCAGUGCCAAAAAUAAGACUUACUUCAUUGUGGAAAGAGUUGAAAACAAGAUACAAAUACACAGUCUUAAAGACAAAAUACUUGAAAUCACUGUAAACAAUUACAAUAAAUUUCAUUUUGCAUUUUACAACAUUUCCAACAAAAGUGGAGUUCCUGGUUCACAGUUAAGAAAUUACAUUGCAUUUAUUUUACAUUAUUGCCCAUUUUUGCAAGAAAAGUCUGUAUCAUUUCUGGAAUUUAACUUAAGCAGAAAAGAAUCAAAAGUUACUUGUAAAACCAGUACUUUAUACAACCUUAUUUUGCCUAGAACAGACAGCUUUGGUAAAAAUUGGGUUGGAUGGGAAAAAAAUGAAAGAGAUAAAAUGGGUCCUAGAUUUGCCAACAUGAAAAACACCUUAGAUCCACACAAAUUGGCUGAUGAUGCAGUUGAUUUAAAUUUAAAGCUCAUGAAGUGGAGGAUUUUAGACAAACUAGAUUUGGAAAUUAUUAAAAAUUCCAAAUGUCUGUUGCUUGGCUCAGGAACUUUGGGUUGUUCAAUUGCAAGGGCACUUUUAGGCUGGGGUGUAAGAAACAUAACACUGGUGGAUAACUCAACAGUCUCAUUUUCAAACCCAGUAAGACAAAGCUUAUUCACAUUUCAAGACUCAGUUGAUAUGAAACCAAAAUCAGAAGCUGCCGCCGAAAACUUAAAAAAAAUCUUUCCUGGAGUUAAUUCCAAAGGGUUUCAAAUAAACAUUCCAAUGCCAGGACAUUCAGUUGGUGAAAGCAUGUUACAACAAGUUAAAUCAUCAGUCACACAAUUAGAUGCUUUAGUACAAGAACAUGACAUCCUUUUCCUACUUAUGGAUUCUCGAGAAAGUAGGUGGCUUCCAACUGUUCUUGGAUAUGUUUACAACAAGAUCGUCAUAAACGCUGCCUUGGGCUUCGAUACUUAUUUAGUUAUGAGGCAUGGAACAAACCAGAAGUUGGAUCAGGUUCAAACAGAAACAAAACCAGGGAUAAAAACUCUUUAUGGUCACCAGCUAGGUUGCUACUUCUGUUCUGACAUUCAUGCACCAGGAGACUCGCUAAAGGAUCGCACUUUGGAUCAACAGUGCACAGUGACUAGGCCAGGACUAUCACAAAUUGCUGGAGGAUUAGCUGUUGAGUUGGCUGUUAGUUUAUUACAACAUGAACAACGGAAUAACGCUCCAGCGUUUUACCAAAUGGGUGCCAACCCGAAUGUCGCUGACUUAGAAAGUCAGUGCGUUUUAGGUUUGUUACCUCAUACCUUGCGAGGCUUCUUGUCGUCGUUUAAUCACAUUUUGCCGGCCACUCAGAGGUUUCCUAAUUGUGUUGGUUGUUCAGUCUGUGUUAUUGAUGAGUACAAGAAAAAUGGCUUUGAAUUUCUGCUUAAGGUGUUCAACAGUUCAAAAUAUUUGGAGGAUCUCACUGGAUUAACUGAGGUCUUACAACAAGCUACUGAUAUUGAUAUCGAUGUUCUCAGCGACGAGGAAGACUAAAUCCUUCACUUAAAUGAAAUAUAUUAAAUGCACUCUUUAAAAUUUUUAAAAAUAUAUUUAUUAUGCUUCAGCACUAA